AUGGGCAUCAUUGGCAGUGACAAUGUGUUGAUUGCGGAAACUAAGGCUCUCGUGCACUCUCACUUUAAACUUAAAGAUUUAGGUUCUCUAAGAUACUUUUUAGGCUUUGAGGUUGCUUGCUCUUCUAAGGGGAUUUACCUUUGUCAAUGGAAAUAUGCUUUGGAGUUAAUUGCAAACUCUGGAUUAGCUGCUGCCAAACCAACUUCUGUCCCUCUUGAUCCCCAGUUCAAGUUCACUACUGUGGGCUUUAAUAAAGCCUUCCCAGCAACACAAGUUUCACCUCAGCAAGAUUUACCCUUAGAUGAUCCUGCAGUCUAUCAGAGAUCGGUUGGCAAGUUACUCAACUUGUGUCUCACACGUCCAGAUAUUAGUUCUGCUGUAAACUUGCUUAGCCAGUUCAUGCAUAAGCCUAAGCACUCUCAUCUUCAUGCUGCCUUACGCAUUGUCAAAUAUGUCAAAAGGAUCUCUAGUCUUAGGGUUAUUAUUUCCUGCUCAUGGUUCCUUUCAUCUCAAAUCAUUUUGUGA